AUGCCGGUCGCCUCAUCAUCGAGCAGCUCUGCUGAACCCAAGACUAAGAAACGGCGGAAGGCCCCGCGGGGUAUAGACUGGUCCACGGCCAAGACCGGUCGCUUUGUGAUGAAAUUCGCCUAUGUCGGGACCAGGCAAGCCUCUUUUCCAUCUACUACGAUGGCUCUGAAGGUGUGUGUUGAGGCAGUGCUCAGAUACGCUGGAGUUGCGUGGCAGAAUCAAGAGGCCUUCGGUGUCAACACUGUGGAGAACGAGCUCUUUAAGGGUCUAGUCAAAACAUGCCUCAUAGAAUCUCGCAUGUCUUGCGACUUCUCUCGGUGUGGUCGGACUGAUAAAGGAGUUCAUGCCAGGGGCAACUACGCUACUCUGCGGCUGCGGCUGAAGCCUGAUGGCACGGAGUUUCCGUAUAUACAGAUGAUAAACCGUGUGCUUCCUGAUGACAUUCGAGUCUUGCGUAUCUGUUCGGUGCCGAGCGACGACUUCGAUGCACGCUUUAGUUGCAAGAGCCGAACUUAUAAGUACUUCUUCCCGUCGACAGGGCUCGACCUUGAGGUCAUGGCCGAGGCCGCACAGAGGCUUGUAGGGCAGCACGACUACCGCAAUUUCUGUCGCAUGGAUGUUGAACAAACCACCAAUUUCGAGAGAACAAUAUACUCCUUCGAGAUCUGCAACGGAGAUGUAAUCUCCCAUGCGGUCAUCACGGGCAGUGCGUUCUUGUGGCACCAAGUUAGAUGCAUGAUGGAAGUUCUCAUGCUCAUCGGCAAGGGGUUGGAGAAACCUGAGGUUAUUGAUAUGCUCUUCGACAUCAACAAGACUCCGGGCAAGCCUAGCUACGACUUAGCUGACGGCGCUGGUUUGGUGCUAUUCGACUGCAAGUAUGACGCUGAGUGGUUCGACCAGACUGUUGAAGACGAUGAGGAAGCUGUCGCAGAGUUUUCUCGAGCGGCGAUAGCCGCCCAAAGGGACUUGGCGGUUCUUCAGUGCUUGGCUGGGCCUAUUGCGAAGACCACUGAAGUACAGUCUCGGAAGUAUGUACCAAUCAUGCAACGGGCGAAGGCACCAACACUGGACGAGCGGAUAGCCGUCGCUGAGCUGAGGAAUUCCAGGAAGGAGAAUUCUAUUACAACGACUGACAGUGUGCCAUCAUCUGAUGUCAACGAAUAG